UAAUUCCCAGACUUAGAGAGGGAGGUUAUAUGAGGGCAGGAGUGUGUGUGAGGUAGUGAGGUAGAGGGCGUGGAGCCCAUAAAUGCUGCCCCCCACCAAUUAAGCUGGUCAAUCCGACAUGGUAGCGGCGGCGGCGAGCGGCGAUUGUUUCAGCUUUGUUUUGCUUCGCCUCGCCAGGAAUUACGAAAUCCCCAAAUAAUACAAACCUUUCCGCGAGGGAGUUUACGUGUUGGGUGUGUUAGAGGUGUGAGGGUGCGUACGAGUGAGCGGGGAGAUGGUUGAUGAGUGAGGGAGAUGGUGACAGGGUGAGAGGAGAGGGAGAGAGAGAGGGAGAGAGAGAGGAACCAAAGGGGGGGACCCCCUCACGCCAGCCACCACUACCACCACCUCCAAGACGUCAUUCCUACCAGACAAUGGUCAUUUAAACCACUGCUGGUCAUUUGCCACCUCCUGCAAGAUGCCAGCUCCCUGGCUCUAGUCUCCUCGUGUGCUGGUAGCCCGUCUGGAUUUAUCUUCUGAAGAUGACUGCAGCCCCAACCUCUGCUGAUGCAUGUUUGAGCAUCGUCCAUUCUCUCAUGUGCCAUCGACAAGGGGGAGAAUCGGAGGGGUUUGCCAAAAGAGCUAUUGAAAGUCUUGUUAAAAAGCUGAAGGAGAAGAGGGACGAGCUGGACUCCUUGAUAACGGCAAUUACAACCAAUGGAUCUCAUCCUAGCAAGUGCGUCACCAUACAACGCACUCUUGACGGCAGAUUACAGGUAGCGGGCCGAAAAGGAUUUCCUCAUGUGAUAUACGCUCGCAUUUGGCGAUGGCCAGAUCUGCAUAAAAAUGAACUUAAGCAUGUUAAAUACUGCCAAUUUGCGUUUGACCUAAAAUGUGACUCGGUGUGUGUGAACCCCUACCACUAUGAGAGAGUGGUUUCACCAGGAAUUGCAGACUUGACUGGACUGAGCCUGCAAGGUGCAUCUACAGGUCAGCUGGUGAAGGAUGAGUAUGGAAUACGUAUGGAUUGUGAAGCGAGUGGAGGACCUGGCAGUGUUGGAGAACCGUCCGUCACUCCAGGUCCCUCGGGGCUCUCUGCCAUAUCUCAUCAACCGUCGGGUCCACAGCCAGGACCUACGUCUUCUCAGCCAGCCGGACCUCAAGCUAGCCCUACGUCCUCACAGGCAGGAAGUCUUCACCAAAGUGUGGUGAGCAACCCGCAACAGACCAUACCUCAUCAUCCCGUGUCACACCAACAGUCGUUCUCUCUGCUGUCACCUACAGGCAGCACAUCCAGUCACAUGUCACAAGGGCUUCAGUCCCCAACUCCAUCUACUCCAGGUUCCCAGCAGUUCUUUCCUGAUGCUGUCUCUCCAGUUAGCAUGGGUCCGUUGUCACCCCACCUUCAGCAGCAGCAACAACAGUCGCAGCCACAUCAGCCACAGCAACUACAACAGCAGCAACAGCAACAACAAAAUGGGUUUGCAGUAUUGACUGGUGGAACGGGCGCCAACUCUAGAACAGUCCAAGGAGGCCCAGUGACGUCCCAGUUCGGGCAAGCCGCUGCGUCGCCCCAGCAGGUCUCGCCUCAUUCUGUUACCACACACUCCAUGUCCUCGCAGCCAAAUUGGAGCGGCCAAAACACACUAUCGUAUACUCCCAACAUGAUGAAUGAUCGACAGAACCACAGCUUCUGGGACCAACAGCAGUUGAUGCAAGACGUGCAGGUUGCGCCGCUCUCCUCACAGCCGGGCCCGGAGUUUUGGUGCUCCAUAGCGUAUUUUGAGUUAGACACCCAGGUGGGUGAGACUUUUAAGGUGCCCUCCAGUUGUCCAGCAGUUACUGUGGAUGGUUAUGUGGAUCCCUCUGGUGGCAAUCGUUUUUGUCUUGGAGCGCUCAGUAAUGUUCACCGGACGGAACAAAGUGAGAGGGCUAGAUUGCACAUUGGUAAGGGAGUUCAGCUGGACCUGAGAGGCGAAGGAGAUGUGUGGCUGCGUUGCUUGAGUGACCACAGUGUUUUCGUCCAGAGCUACUAUCUCGAUCGUGAAGCUGGCCGCUCCCCGGGUGAUGCUGUACACAAGAUAUACCCGUGUGCUUGCAUCAAGGUAUUUGAUUUGAGUCAGUGCCACCGGCAGAUGCAGACUCAGGCAGCUACGGCUCAGGCAGCAGCUGCGGCACAGGCAGCUGCUGUUGCUGGACAGAUCUCGGGCCCAGCUACUGUAGGUGGAAUUUCUCCGGGUAACCUCUCGGCUGCAGCAGGAAUUGGCGUGGAUGAUCUAAGAAGACUGUGUAUCUUGCGUCUAAGCUUCGUGAAGGGCUGGGGCCCAGAUUAUCCUCGACAGACCAUCAAGGAAACGCCGUGCUGGAUUGAGGUUCACCUUCACCGUGCACUUCAGCUUCUGGACGAAGUCCUCCACACCAUCCCUCUCGACGGUCCGCGUCCUCUCGAGUGAUGUAACGCGCCAUUGUGGGAUGUGCAGACUAUCACUUCAGAGGAUGAUCAACAGGAUGAUGAUCAACUCUCACUUAUGAUACAAGAUGUACAUGGUGAAGAUCAGUUGAUCUUUUUGCCCUUUUUCAUGUGAAUGCAUAUCCCCCAAGUAAGGCAAUGUGCAAAUACCAAGUUCACACACACACACACGUAUAUAUAUGCCCAUGGUAUUCUCCAAGCGAGAAUAUACAUAUACACACUUGCAUGACCCAUGUAAUGGGCUGCGUCAGAAAUAUAAGUCUGGAAAAUGCUGUACAUCUAUAGAUGUUGUGUUGAAGCACAAUUUGGUUAUUGUCUUAGUUGUGUUAAUGAUGGUAUGUAAGAGCUUGGGUGUAGUUUUUAAAACCAUCAAUCUAAUGUUUGGUAAGUUGAACACUUUUGAGUAUAUGGGGAGUUGGUGCAAGGUUAAUUUUCCCAUUCAUUUCAUAGUAAAAUCUAGCUCAGCUUUUGUAUCACAGUUAGUCUUGUCACUGAUAUUGCUGCAUUUACUAUGUUGGAUAUUGUAUGUUAAAUAUCGAUUUAGUAGGUUAAAAUAUCAGAUUUUGAACACAUGAUGAUUCAGUCUCCUGUUUGUAUUACAUGACUGUUGAUGCCUGGUGUGUCAAUUUUAUGAAUGGGACCUUAAUAGUUACCAGAAAUUGCUAUUUAGUCAGUGACUAGGGAGGCUUGUAAAUAAACUAGAUCCUUGUUCUUCCUACCUAUUCUGCACUAGCUAAAUGCACAAGAUUAUAUCUGGUUCAGAAUCAGUCCUCCCCCCCCCCAUUUUUUAAUUGUCUAUAUAAUAGAAUCUGUGGUAGUGCUCUAAUAAUAGAAAAUGAAUAUACCAAUCUAUAUGCUUGUACUCUACCUGGUAUGUGUAAAUUGUUGCAUUGCUGUUUUACUGGGUUAUGCACUUUGUGCUGCCUAUUCUCUCACGAGCACAUGAACGAUGUGGGACGUUGUAUAGCUUAGGAUAGGAUGGUGGGGGAGGUGGGUGGGUGGGGAGUGGGGGGGGGGAAUGCCCAAUGUCUUUGUAAGAUCUACUUUUACAUAUAGCUUUCAUUUUUUUUAUUGCCGAGCACUUUUACUAUAACUAUGUAUAUGCUUAACCCCAAUUUGUGCCAGAUUCCCACCACAUUAUAAUAGUCGUGCGUGACUAUGUUUCUCUGUGUACAAGGACUGCGUUAUAGUACAGGAGAUGGUGGAGGAAUAAGGUCUAGUUUAGAAAUGUUCUGAUAUUGACUAAAUCGAUGCAAAGCGUAUUAUUAUUAUUAUUAUAAUUAUUGUUAUUAUUAUUAUUAUUAUUAUUAUUAUUAUUAUUAUUAUUAUUAUUAUUAUUUGAUUAAAUGAAAGCCAAAGAGGCUAUGCUCCAGUGGAUAUGUUGCCAUAAUCCUGGAUGACGUCUCCUGUCAUUGCAAUUUUAAAUGCUUUAAUUGCUUUAUAUUCCAGAAAAUGAAAUGUCUCCAAAAUCAUGUACAUCUAGGGCUUAAAUACUUCGUUCUGACCUACUUUUCCUUUUCAAGUUUUCUGGGUCUUGAUAUAAUUUAUGAAAUAAGGUAAUGAUACGUAAAUCUCGUGUUGUGAAACCAAUUGAUUGUUACGUCCGUGGUAACUACGGGCCAAAUAUGUAAAGCAAACGCUGUUAACUGCUAACUAUUAUCCUAGAGAGUUGGCGGCUCAAGUGUGGUGAAAGUGCAAAGAACAAUUUAAACCUCAUGAUACUGUAAUUAUGUUUCUGAGAGGAAGUGGUGUAGUUGACAUUGAGAGAUUAAUGUUUUUUCUUUGCAUUUGUGUUCUAAAUACAGUAAAUGAAAACUGAAGAUAAAGAGAGAGAGAGAGAGAGAGAGAGAGGCAUAAAUGGUUCAAAAUUAGGUUUAGCAUUUUAUCUGGCCCCUGACUAGUAAAUUUUUAGUUCUAGGAUGUGGAUGGUGACAUACAGGGGUAAGUGGUCUCUGUAUGUUUAGAAAAAAAAUAGUAGUGUGUAUGUACUGAAUUACUAUAUAUCAGUACUAUACUUUUACUUUUUUGUAUAAUUAUUUUAAUUGUUAUCUUUUGUACCAUACUUAUUAUCAUAUAAGUAAUAUUACAAAUUAAUGUGGAAUUUUUUCUUUUAUGAAAUACAUGAAAAUUUUAA